AUGAACGGAUUUUACACCAUGCAACCGGUGGACUCAGAAAACGGGGCAAAAGCCCGAGAGUCUUUCAAGUUUCUGUCCGAGCAGAGGAGCGAUGUGUCGAAGGAAGCCAUGGAGCAGAGUUUAGAGCCAUCCUGUUCCCUCAGUGUCAAGGAGAUCUGCUACACUGUCAGUGAGCGUGUGGGACCAUGGUGGGAUAUACCCUCCCACAGGAAGCGCUGGACUCGUCAGAUACUCAAAGAUGUCUCUUUCCACGUAGACAGCGGGCAGAUAAUGGGCAUACUGGGCAACUCAGGCUCAGGAAAGACAACCUUGCUGGAUGCCAUCUCGGGGAGGAUUGGUUACCGUGGCGCGCUGCUGGGUGACGUUUUCAUAAACGGCAGAAAGCUGAAAAGAGAGGAGUAUCAGGACUGCUUCUCCUAUGUUCUGCAGAGUGAUAACUUGCUGAGUUAUUUGACAGUGGAGGAGACUCUGACCUACACUGCCCAGCUGGCCCUGAGGCGACAUUCGACCCAGGCAAUCAAGAAAAAGGUGUCUGCAGUGAUGGCUGAGCUGAGUCUGACUCAUGUGGCACACAGUGUAAUCGGAGGUCGAGUUUUUCCAGGGAUCUCUGGUGGCGAGAGGAGGCGGGUCUCCAUAGCCAGCCAGUUACUUCAAGACCCCAGGGUGAUCCUAUUGGACGAGCCAACCACCGGCCUGGACAGCAUGACCGCCAAUCAGAUUGUGGUGCUGCUGGCGGAGUUGGCGAGGAGGAACCGGAUCGUCAUAGUAACCAUCCAUCAGCCGCGCUCCGAGCUCUUCAGGGUGUUCAGCAGGAUAGCGAUUAUGAGCCGAGGCGAGCUGGUGUUCUGUGGACAGCCACAGGAGAUGGUGGACUUUUUCAGCCAGUGUGGAUAUGAAUGUCCAGAGUACUGCAACCCCUUCGACAUCUAUGUUGACUUCACCUCAGUGGACACGCGCAGCAGCGAGAGGGAGGCCGCCACCUUCAACCGAAUGCAUGAAAUCACUACAUCCUAUCAGAGAUCGGCCAUCUACCAGAGCAUGCUGGACAAAAUGCAGCAGCGCCUGCAGCUGCUGGAAAAGCCAGCCAUCCCCUUUAAGAGCAAAGACUCGCCCAACGGAGCGGCCAAGCUGGAGGUUCUGUUCAGACGCACGCUCAGAAAUCUCUCCAGAGACAGGAUGGGUGUCCUGAUGCGUCUCUCCCAGAACCUGAUCUACGGCCUGUUUGUGGCCUUCUUCGUCAUGCAUUUGGACAAAGACGUCACCAAGGGGGCCGUUCAGGACCGGAUCGGCAUCAUCUAUCAGAGCGUAGCCGCGUCCCCCUACACCGGCAUGCUCAACGCUGUCGCCCUCUUCCCGGCUUUACGAGCCAUCGGGGAUCAGGAGAGUCAGGACGGCCUCUACAGCAAAUGGCAGAUGUUCUUGGCCUACAUCUUCCACAUCAUCCCCUUUAGCAUCCUGAGUGUCAUCAUCUUCACCUCCUUCCUUUACUGGACGGUGGGGAUGCACCCGGAGACGCUGCGCUUCUUGUGUUUCACCGCUGUCGUUCUUGUCCCGCAUAUUAUAGGUGAGUUGCUGACUGUGGUGCUACUAGGAGUGGUCCAGGACCCCAACAUGGUCAACACAGGAGUGGCUUUACUCAACAUUGCAGGGGUCUUGGUGGGAUCUGGAUUCCUUAGAAGCACCCAGCAGAUGCCCGUAGUCUUCCAGUGGCUCAGUUACCUGACCUUCCAGAAAUACAGCUGUGAGCUGCUCAUAGUCACCGAGUUCCACGAGCUGGAGUUCACCUGCAAUGCCUCUAAACCCUUGCCAGGAGCGUGUUUGAUCACUAAAGGCAGUCAGAUCAUUGACCAGGGAUACCCCGGGGCUCUAUCCAGAUACACACUUGACUUUUUACUCCUCUACUCCUUCCUGCCCGCUUUGGUCCUAUUGGGCGUAAUCGGCUUCAAGAUCAGGGACAAGCUUGUGCGUCACUAA